AUGUUUGUGUUCAGGGAUGAUAAUAGCCUCCAUGUCGGUGAAGGGUUUGGUUCACGGCUCCUUGAUGCAAUCACAUGGGCUGAUAUUUUGAUGCCUAUCAUCUCUGAAAAUUGUGCUUCAAUUGAGGUGGCAAAGCAGCUAAAAGUUCUCAACUUUGCAUUUUGCCAUUAUGCAAAAUGUAGUCAGGAUUUCUCAGCUAUCACAGAGUUGGAGAUUCUCAGCUUGAAAAAAUAUCAUGGGCUAAUGCAAGUCCACCCUUCUAUUGGAAAAGUCAAGAACCUCGUUUCCUUGGGCUUGAGUUCCUGUGUUAGUCUCAAGGAGCUACCAGGAGAAGUGGGCGAAUUAGAAGAACUAAAAGAACUUAUUUUAGAUUUUGCUAGUAUUACAAAGAUUCUCAUUCAACUGAUUCUCUAA